AUCAACUGAAAUACGAUGAACACUCCAACCACCUCAACCUACUACCCAUUGACGAUUGACCGUUGUCUUGUUGGACUGCGGUAUAUCAUCACCGCGCAAGAGCAAGGGAAGAAGCCACCAGCUGAGAGCUUGAGAGUUGAGACCAUGGCCGUUGCUCGCGGCGUCUUCCUUCUUCUCUCAUCCUCUCUACUGAUCUGCGGCCCUGCGUCCGCCGCCGAUGUAGAUGUCACCCAUCUCCGGUUUUACGUCCACGAGGUCGAGGUCGGCACCAACGCCACCGUCGUCAACGUCGCCAGCCCGCACAGGAACUCAUCAAAGUUCGGUGACGUGAACGUGUUCGACAACAUGGUGCGGGAGGGGCCGGACCCGACGUCGCGGCUGAUCGGCAGGGCGCAGGGCUUGGCGGUGCACGCGUCGGUCGACGGCCGGAGCGGCCUCGUGGCCAUCAACUUCGUCUUCUCUGAUUACGACGGGUACAGCGGCAGCGGGCUCACGACGCAGGGACCCAUGGGGGAGUCGGGCGCCUGGGAGCAGAGCAUCGUGGGCGGCACGGGCAAGCUCCGCUUUGCGCGAGGGUACAUGGUCAGCGAGCUCGUUGCAUCCACCAACACCUCCAUCGCCGUCGUCUUCGAUUCCUACUUCACCCUUGCCGCAUAGACGACUACAUCCAACUCAUUGAUCCUUUAUCAACAUUCCCGUCACUUGGAGUCUUCUGGUCCUUGCCACAUAGAAAAGUGCAUCGUUCUAGCACGGUGUGAUUUCUGUUUUCCAUCACAGUUCAAAAUGCCCCUAAAGUUCAUACUCCCUCCGUCGCACUAAAAGUGUCUCCAUUUUAUCAAAAUUUAGAUAUACUAUAUCCAAAUUUUAAUAAAGUUGAGAUACUUUUUUUUGGAGUGGAGGGAGUAUAAAGGAUCCUAACUUGGAAAAAAUAUUAUCGCAACAAUAAAACUAUACUACUUGGUUGUUGUUAUAAAGGAUCCUUUCUGAAAA